UAUCCAGAGCACCCCACCCCCAUUACAUCAGAUGUCAAGAAUCCCACACCCUACUUAACAUCACUCCUCCUUUUGGGCAAAGCUGGAAAGCAGAAAGUGCAGGAAGACCAGAGGACCAGAGGAGGAGUGGAGUCAGUUACUGCUGAAUGCUGAGACCAGGGGAGGCAGAGAUGAUGAGGGGGUGCUGCAGCUGCACUGAGAGGUGUAGGAUUUGGCAGAGGAGUUCUAUUCUCCUCUCUGCUGCCGACUGCUGAGACAAGGUGGGGGCAGAGACAAGGAGGUACGUGCAGGAGAAGGGCCACAUGAAAUGGCCUAGAGGGCCGGAUUCGGCCUGCAGGUCUUGUGUUGUUGACACCU